AUGUCUACGUCGCGGUAUGCUACUUUUCAAAGUUGCAGAAACUUCAGGAUGCUGAUAGUUUUGGCAACUCUUUCUGGACAUCCUAUAAGAAUUGAGAAAAUAAGAUCAGAAGAUUUGAACCCAGGUCUGCGAGACCACGAAGUUUCGUUUCUACGUCUGAUAGAAGCUCUGACCAACGGCAGCUCGAUCGAAAUCUCAUAUACCGGUACAACCGUCAUUUACAGACCAGGCAUCAUUACAGGCGGUUCAUAUACGCAUCAGUGUCCGCCUGGAAAACCAGUGGGAUACUACGUCGAACCAAUGCUGUAUCUGGCACCUUUCUCCAAGAAGAAAUUUUCCGUUAUUUUUAGAGGAGUGACCGCUUCGCAUCAGGAUGCAGGUUUGGAGGCCAUCAAGUGGGGGCUAAUGCCAGUCAUGGAGAAAUUCGGGGUCCGUGAGUGCGCUCUGCACACUCUGAAACGUGGAUCUCCACCCUUGGGAGGUGGUGAAGUGCAUCUGGUAGUCGACUCUCUGAUCUCUCAGCCCAUUACCAUGCAUGCGCUCGAAACACCUCAAAUUUCAUCCAUCAGAGGUGUUGCAUACUCCACCAGAGUCAGUCCCUCGAUGGUUAAUAGAAUGAUCGACGGUGCUAGAAAGGUACUGAAGGGCGUAGGAUGUGAAGUCGAUAUAAGUGCUGACGCAUGGAGAGGAGAGAACGCCGGGAAAAGUCCCGGCUGGGGUAUAACACUAGUGGCUGAAAGUAAGAAGGGCUGGAAAUAUUUUUCUGAGGGUAUCGGCGAUGCUGGUGAAGUUCCCGAAGAUCUGGGUUCACAAAUCGCUUAUGAGCUAUUAGAGGAAAUUUCAAUGAGUGGUGUUGUAGGGAGAAAUCAACUGGCGCUUGCGAUCGUCUACAUGGUGAUUGGUAAAGAAGAUAUCGGGAGACUCAGGAUUAACAAAGCACAAGUGGAUGAAAAAUUCAUUUGGCUGUUGAGACAUAUCAAACAAAUUUUCGGUACAGAAGUGUUCUUGAAGCCAGUAAACGAGGCCGAUAGUGACGACCUCAUAGCGACCAUCAAAGGUGUGGGAUUCACCAACUCCAACAAAAAAAUAGCAUGA